UAAUGCAGUCAGCAGAAGAGGGACACGUCACCCCGGAGGAUCUACAACAUGAAGGAUUCCAGAUAAAAAUAAUAAAAAUAGAAGAAGAUGAAGAUGAGGACGAUGAUUUCUUCUAUGAAGGAUCUGUAAUCCCUGUGGAACAAGUAAUCUCAGAGGAACACCUCACCCCAGUGGACCAACAGUGUGGAGGUUUCCAGAUGAAGCCUGUGAAGAAGGAAGAACCUGAAGAUACAGAUGAACACUUUUUGUGGUCAGAACUGAACAAGGAUUCCUCCUGCUCCUCAUGUCCACGUUCCUCUACAACCCAAAAUCACCUCCACAAUCACAUCAAGAUCUACAGCGAUGAUGAAUAUGAGACUCUGGUCAAAUCUGAGACUGAACAUGAGAAUCUGACGUCCACCAGAAGCUCCAGUAAUCAGCAAACGUCCUCUGGUACUGUCAGCAUUAACACCUCUCUCAGUCCCACACAGAAAGAAGGAAACGUCUGCUCAGAUUGUGGAAAGAGCUUUAGGUUCCACAGUGAACUCAAAAUACACCAGCGCAUUCACACUGGCGAGAAACCAUAUGAGUGCUCACAGUGUGGGAAGAGUUUUAAUCAACAGAGGCAUCUUAAACGACACCAACGCAUUCACACUGGAGAGAAACCGUAUCAGUGCUCACAGUGUGAAAAGAGUUUUAAUCAGCAGAGUAAUCUCAAAGAACACCAGCGCAUUCACACUGGAGAGAAACCAUAUGAGUGCUUACAGUGUGGGAAGAGUUUUAAUCAACAGAGGCAUCUUAAACGACACCAGCUCAUUCACACUGGAGAGAAACCGUAUCAGUGCUCACAGUGUGGGAAGUGUUUUAAUAGACAGAAUCAUCUCAAACAACACCAGCGCAUUCACACUGGAGAAAAACCGUAUCAGUGCUCACAGUGUGGGAAGUGUUUUAAUCAACAGAGUAAUCUUAAAGAACACCAGCGCAUUCACACUGGAGAGAAACCGUAUCAGUGCUCACAAUGUGGGAAGAGUUUUAAUACUCAAAGUGGUCUCAAAACACACCAGCGCAUUCACACUGGAGAGAAACCGUAUAAUUGCUCACAGUGUGGAAAAAGUUUUGCUCAUUUAACAACAGUUAAGAAACACAAGUGUGACACAUUCAAUUGUACCGAAUAAACGAAGGGUUUGAUUUUUAAUACCACAUUCCCAAAGUAAUCACCAAGUGUUCCUGUUAAUGUAGCAGCAGCUGUAAUGUUUAGCAUGUGCACCUGUUUCUUUUUAUUGUAAUAAAUGAACCCACAGUAUCUGCAGUCGGGUGGAACAGUGGCUUAAAAACA